AUGUCACAAAAUAUUGAAACUAAACAAUUGAAUUUUGAUGAUGACGAUGAUGAUGAUGAUGAUGAUGAUGAUGAUGAUGAUGAUGAUGAUGAUGAUGAUGAUGAUGAUGAUGAUGAUGAUGAUGAUGAUGAUGAUGAUGAUGAUGAUGAUGAUGAUGAUGAUGAUGAUGAUGAUGAUGAUGAUGAUGAUGAUGAUGAUGAUGAUGAUGAUGAUGAUGAUGAUGAUGAUGAUGAUGAUGAUGAUGAUGAUGAUGAUGAUGAUGAUGAUGAUGAUGAUGAUGAUGAUGAUGAUGAUGAUGAUGAUGAUGAUGAUGAUGAUGAUGAUGAUGAUGAUGAUGAUGAUGAUGAUGAUGAUGAUGAUGAUGAUGAUGAUGAUGAUGAUGAUGAUGAUGAUGAUGAUGAUGAUGAUGAUGAUGAUGAUGAUGAUGAUGAUGAUGAUGAUGAUGAUGAUGAUGAUGAUGAUGAUGAUGAUGAUGAUGAUGAUGAUGAUGAUGAUGAUGAUGAUGAUGAUGAUGAUGAUGAUGAUGAUGAUGAUGAUGAUGAUGAUGAUGAUUCGGAUGAUGAUGAUGAUUUGGAUUAUGAUGAGUUAAUAGUCACAAAGCAAGUUGUAUAUCCAAUGAUAUGUUUUUUUCAAAAUGUCUGUUGUAGUCUUAAGCCCAGGUUGAAAAUACUUUCUUAUGAAAGAACUUUCUCAUUUCUCAAGGACAUUGAUGUUUAG